AUGGAAUUUUUGAGGAGUCGCCAGGCUUUGCAUGUGCUUCACCGUCACAGAGAGACCUUCUUGAGCAAGCAGGAUUUCCAGGCCAUCCACGACAUGGGGCUGAACUCCGUCAGGGUUCCCUUUGGCUACUGGGUUGUGCUUGGCCCCAGUGCAGGGGAACCUUACGAGGGACCAGCCCUCGACAUGCUGGACAAAGCGGUCCAGUGGGCUGAGGAAUGCCACCUCGAGGUGCUACUAGAUCUUCACGGCUGUCCGGGUGGGGAAAGCGCGGAUGCUCCAUGUGGCCACAGACAGCGACCAGAGUCCAAGUGGGUGUGGCAGCAAUGGCGAAGGUUGGAGACACUGAAGGCCCUGGAGGUUGUUGCCCGAAGAUACCGCGACCGGAAGUGUGUAACCGGCAUUGCUGUCUGCAAUGAGCCAUCACGGCUAAUUCCUGCAGAGAUCCUCGCUAGCUUCUACGAUGAGGCUGUGGACGUUGUUCGCGCAGCUGGAAUGACAGACAGGGUGACAGUGGUGCUUCCAGUAUUCCAGCGUUGUCUUCGAACGUUUGAAGCUUUGUGGCGUCAGAUUUCAAAAGGGCGACACAGGAAUACCUGCUUUGAUGUCCACCACUACCACUGCUUUGAAGAUGCAUGGAACCGGAUGACUCUUGCAGAGCACCUCCGGGCUGUUGAAGACCACGGUCGUGAAUUUCAAGAGUUUCCAUUGGUCGUUGGAGAGUGGAGCUUGGCACUGGGCGGACGUGCAGCUUCAGCCAUGUGCCCCCGCGAGGCGAUGAACCUGUUUGCCAGGGCGCAGCUUAAUGCUUAUUCGCAGGCUUCCCACGGCUGGUUCUUCUGGAACUGGCGCGAUGGUGCUGGCCCUGCUUGGGAUUUCCGCAGUAGCUUUCUGCAAGGCCUUUUGGAAGGCGCAGCACCCAUUUUGCCCACAUGGAAUGGGCUGGGUGAGGACCCAUUGGAGAGGCUAUUGGAGCCUACAGUGGGAGACCCGUAUGUUCGCUAUGGCCAUGCAGUUUGCUUACGCAGCUGGAACGGCCGCUGCGUUGACGUUGAAAAGAGUAAGGUUUCAGCACGAUGGUUCGAGGGCGGUGACUGGCAGACUUUUCUCAUUUGUCCGGCAGCAAGCUCUGCCGGGUGUAGCGGUGCGGUACGGGAUGGGGACGUUGUUCGCCUCCUUGCGCACAGCGGUGUCUCCCUGGGCGUGUCCACCAGCGGCAAGGUGCUUUGCCGCCCUGGACGCAGCAUCAACUGCGAGCUGACAGUCUUGCUGAAGGCAAACCCAGGGUGCCAUCGACAGCUGCGGCAUAAGGACCAGAUCUACCUUCAGUGCAGGACUUCAGGACGCGUGUUGGAUGUCGAGGGCUCCCGCGUAGCUGCCAGGUUUCAGCACUUUGGAGAAUGGCAGAGCCUUUCAAUUGAGCGCAAACUUCUGCGAGAUGCCAACUCCAAAGGCGGAUUCAUGGAGGAUUCAAUGCAGAGCAGCGACUUUCUUGAGGAAGUGAUGCCGUCUUUGAAGCGGUCUGCUGCGGUGGCAGACCUCGUUGUGCCAUCGCCUGUGCGAACGCGGCUCACAGGUUCUCAAGCCAGAGUGGGGCUGGCCGCAAAGGUGGAAGGUUAA